CUCAGUAUCUCUCCUAUCUGUCUUGAAAGAGCGGUAAGCUACUCCCUAGUUGAUCACUCAACAUGAAGGCUGUCUUCGUAUCCUGCCUGCUCGUGGUCGCCCUCGUGGCUUCAACUUCGGCUCAUCACCUGGAGCUUUGCAAGAAGAGCGACGCUGUGUUGGUGACGGAGCUCGAAUGCAUCAAGCAGAAGAUUCUCCCGGUGACCAACGCCGUCUUUGACAAUGCGGUGCAGCAACUGGGCUGCGCUGACCGUGCUUGUGCCAUGCGAAAGAUGUGCGAAGGAAACGACCUGGAGGGAGCUAUGGCAAAGUACUUCACCAAGGAGCAGAUCCAGGACAUCCACGACGCGGCCACUGCGUGCGACCCUGAGGUUCCCCACGGCCAUGGCCAUUAAGUGUCUGCGGCUGGGCACAGCGCCCACCUGAGCACUUUGCCCUCCCAUUCUGAAAAGCCUGGAACAAGUUUUUUUUUUUUUAAAUUCCUUGAAUACGACUUGGAAUGACACUCUUCUGCUUGUGAAGCACAAAGAAUAAUAAACUGUUUGCUGAUUCAUUAGCCUAAA